AUGUCUUCUAUUGUGGAAUCAAUUAAGAACCUGGACAUCAAGUCCGACACUCCUGAGAAGACUAGAAAGGACCUGCAAUUCGAUAAAUCCGAAUUCAGAUAUCCUAACUAUGCUCCUACCUUUAACCCUGAGCAAAAGUACCCUCCCUAUGAACAAUUCGAGUUCAAAGACCCUGGUCUUUUGGCUGAUGAGAACCUAGCCAAUUUGUUCCCUAAUGGAUUACCAUCUACUGAUGCUGAUAAGAGAGCUCCUGCAAACACCCAAAUUGUCAAGUUUGGCUACUCACACAUUGAACUGACUCCUAAAUUCGGUUCCGAGAUUCGAGGUGUUCAAUUGAGUCAGCUUUCUGAUGAAGCUAAGAAUGAUUUAGCUAGAUUUGUUGCUGAGAGAGGUGUAGUUGUGUUCCGUGAUCAAGAUCUUCGUGAUCUUCCUAUUGAGCAAGCCCUUAAAUUUGCUGAACACUUUGGCCGUCAACACAUCCACCCUACUUCUGGAUCUCCUGAAGGUCACCCUGAAGUUCAUUUGGUUUACCGUGAUUCUAAGAGAAAGGUGUUUGACGAGUACUUUGCCAAGAAGAUCUCCUCUACUGCUUUCCACUCUGAUGUCACUUAUGAGCAGCAACCCCCUGGUACUACCUUUUUGGGAAUUUUAGACUCUCCAUCCACUGGUGGUGAUACCGUUUUUGCCGACACUGUCGAAAUUUACAACAGACUGUCACCGGAGUUCAAGAAGAGAUUACACGGACUUAAAGCCAUUCACUCUGCACACGAGCAAGCCGAGUUCUCCAGAGUCAGAGGUGGUGUUGUCAGACGUGAGCCUGUCAAGACAGCCCACCCUAUCGUCCGUACCCACCCCGUUACUAAGAAGAAGGCCAUCUUUGUAAACAACCAGUUCACUCGAUAUGUCGAGGGUUUCAAGAGCGAAGAGUCUGACUACCUCCUCAACUUCCUCUACGAUGUCAUUGCUAAGAGCGCCGAUACACAAGUCCGUGCCAAAUGGGAAGACGGAACUGUGGUUGUCUGGGAUAACCGACGAGCCGUCCACUCAGCUCUCCUCGACUGGGACGCCGAGGGCCAGACCCGUCACGCUUUCCGUCUCACUCCCCAGGCCGAGGUUCCUUAUGAAACUCCUUUUGAGUAA